GGCAGUCGCUUAACCAACUGAACCACCCAGAAGCCCGGGACCCGCAUGCUUUUAAAUACAAUCCAGCCUCUCGGUGCGACAGCCAACACUUCCACCCAAGGAAGGCGACGGGGUGUCCUGGGAAUUCUGGGAAGUGUAGUCCGGGAACACAGUGCCGCAGGAUAACUUCCGCUGCAGGAGGCCGAGGCUGCGUCCCUGCUCCCGUCGGGAAUUCUGGGAAGCGUAGUCCAAGAGCUCUCUGUCGGCAGAGUCGCUUCCGCUCCAGGUACGCGAGGCCGCGGCCUUCAUUACUCUGCGAAAGGUCUCUGCCUUUCCCUAGGAAAAGGAGGAGAAAAUGAUCAAGUUCCAGGAGCCGGUGAUGUUUAAGGAUGUGGCGGUGGUCUUCAGUGAGGAGGAGCUGGGGCUGCUGGAUUCUACCCAGAGGAAGCUGUACCGAGACGUGAUGCUGGAAAACUUCAGGAACCUGGUCUCUGUGGGGAAUCAGCCCUCCAAGCCAGAGCUUAUAUUCCGGCUGGAGAGAGAAGAAAAGCUUUUGAUGAUGGAGACAGAAACCCAGAGAGAUGGAUAUUUAGGAACCAAGAGUCAACACAUUAUGGAGAGUAAUCAAGAAGUGGGAUUAGGCUACAUUUCUCCCAAAGAGCUUUCUUCCCAGCAGACCUGGCAACAGGGUGCAGGCGGGUUAACCAGGUGUCAAGAUUCCAUGAAAAUUUUUCAAGGGAAUAUUUCUCAAUUUCAAAACCAAGGUGAUUUCCCCUGCCAGCUUUGGGCAGGAGUGCCAAUUCAUAUUUCUGAAGAUGAGAACUGUAUAUUGACUCAUAUAGAGGAUGUUUCUAAUUGCCUAAAAAGUCAAGAAUUUCCAUCUUGGAGAGCCCAGCAUUCUUGGAGGAAAAUGUAUCUGACAGAGUCACAUAAUUAUCAGUGUAGAUGUCAGCAAGUUUUGAUGAAAAAUAAUUUCUGUAAGUGUGACGGCACCAGUUCGAUAUCACAUCAUAAUGAUAAUGUGGGAAUACACAGAACAGAAAAAAACUACAGCUGCCAUGACUGUGGAGGGAACAUCAUGAAGGUUUCAUCGCUUAAUCAAGACUUAAUUCAAACAGGGCAAAAGCCCUACCCCUGUAAUGAGUACAGAAGAGCCUUCAGUGAUGACUCCAGAUCAGAAGUUUAUCAGCAGUUACACUUAGAAGGGAAGACCCAUUCCUACAGUCCUUGUAGAAAGGGCUGUAGUUAUAGUUCAGCUCUUCAUAUUCAUCAGAGUGUUCAUAGAGGAGAUGGUUGUGUUUUUGAGAGUUCACAUCUGCAAUCCCAUCAGAGAGAACAGAGAGAGGAGAAGCCAUGUAAAUGUGGAUAUGGUGAGAACUUCAGUCAGUGCUCCUCUCUUAACACUUGUGAACUUAUUCACACAGGGGAGACGUCCUAUAGAUGCAAUAUUUAUGAGAAAGACUUCAGUCAUAGCUUAGACCUUAAUAGUAUUUUCAGGGUCUGUACUGUGGAGAAACCCCAUGAAUAUGAGGAGAAUGGGAAUGUCUUUAAUCAGAGUUCUUGUCUUCAAGUCCACCAGAAAAUCCACACUGAAGAGAAACUAUAUACAGAUGUGGAAUAUGAGAAGGGUUUUAUUUGUAGCUCAAGUCUUAACAUCCAGCAUAGAGUUCACAUGGAAGAGAUUCCUUAUAAUUCCGAGGAAUGUGGUAAUGACUUCAGUCUGGCCUCACAUUUUCAGGACCUUCAGAUAGUCCACACUAGGGAACAACCAUAUAAACAUUAUGCAUGUGGUAACAGCUUCAGCCAAAAUUCUUAUCUUCAAGGUCAUCAGAAAAUUCACAUUGGAGAGAAAGCUUACAAGGACUGUGGGAAUGGCCUCAACUGGAGUUCAAAACUUAAAGAUCGUCAGAGAGUCCACAGUGGAGAGAAGCCAUACAAAUGCAAUGCAUGUGGUAAAGGCUUCAGUCAUAGGUCAGUUCUUAAUGUUCAUCAGAGAGUCCACACGGGAGAGAAACCUUAUAAAUGUGAGGAGUGUGACAAGGGAUUCAGUCGGAGUUCAUACCUUCAAGCCCAUCAGAGAGUCCACACUGGAGAAAAACCAUACAAAUGUGAAGAGUGUGGGAAGGGCUUCAGUCGCAAUUCAUACCUUCAAGGACAUCAGAGAGUUCAUACUGGAGAGAAACCAUACAAGUGUGAGGAGUGUGGGAAGGGCUUCAGUCGGAGUUCACACCUUCAAGGCCAUCAGAGAGUCCACACUGGUGAAAAACCAUUCAAAUGUGAGGAGUGUGGGAAAGGCUUCAGUUGGAGCUUUAAUCUCCAAAUUCAUCAGAGAGUUCACACAGGAGAGAAACCCUAUAAAUGUGAAGAAUGUGGCAAGGGCUUCAGUAAGGCCUCAACUCUUAUGGCUCAUCAGAGAGUCCACACAGGAGAGAAGCCAUACCAAUGUGAUGAGUGUGGUAAGAGCUUCAGUCAGAGAUCAUACCUUCAAAGCCAUCAGAGUGUCCACACUGGAGAGAGACCAUAUAUAUGUGAGGUAUGUGGGAAGGGCUUCAGUCAGAGAGCAUAUCUUCAAGGUCAUCAGAGAGUCCACACUAGAGUGAAACCAUACAAAUGUGAGAUGUGUGGGAAGGGCUUUAGUCAGAGUUCACGCCUUGAAGCACAUCGGAGGGUCCACACUGGAGGGAAACCAUACAAAUGUGAGGUAUGCACAAAGGGCUUCAGUGAGAGUUCACGCCUUCAAGCACAUCAGAGGGUCCACACAGAAGGGAGGCCCUAUAAAUGUGAACAGUGUGGUAAGGGUUUCAGUGGGUUUUCAAGUCUUCAAGCUCAUCACAGAGUCCACACUGGGGAAAAACCAUACAAAUGUGAGGUGUGUGGGAAGGGCUUCAGUCAGAGAUCAAACCUUCAGGCUCAUCAGAGAGUCCACACAGGAGAGAAACCAUACAAAUGUGAUGCAUGUGGUAAGGGUUUCCGUUGGAGCUCAGGUCUACUUAUUCAUCAGAGAGUCCAUAGUGGUGAUAAAUUCUAUAAAAGUGAGGAGUAUGGUAAGGAUUAUCCUUUAUCAGAGAAUCCAUACAGAAAUGAAGUUCUAUAAAACAGUUCUAUUUGUUUUGAAGUUCUCAAAUAGGAACUGAAAUUUUCCAUUCACUAGAGUUAUUAUAGUAGAAAAAAUUUCUUUAAUGAAAAUGUAAUGUUUCUGCCCAACCUCAGCAUUCAUAAUAGUCAGACCACACAGCAGAGACAUCUAACAAGAGAGUUUCCAUAAGGAAUUUUGUCACAACUUUUAACAGGCAUUGCACAUGACUUUAACUAUCAUUGUACUAGGGCUUAUAAAAGAUAAGAGUAACAAAAGUAUAAUAUGUGUGUGCCUAAAUCCAUGACCAGUCUAAUGUAAGCUUAGUGAGGGAAGGGGCUUCAUUCAUUGCUGAGUUUACAAAACCAUGACAUUGCAUAACUCAGUGUAGGUGCUCAGUACUUUUUGCCUAAUGACUAAAAAUGUAUAAAAGUAUCAUAUUUAAAAAAUUUGUUAAGCUCAUUCCCCCCCAAAAAACAUUUAAAAAUGUAUUUGGAGGAGGAAUCCUGCAAGUAACCUUAAUAUAAGCACUUCAAGUGGGAAGAUAUUCCUUGAAUUGUAGGAUGUCAAACAAUAUUGCAAUCUGAAAUUAACAUAAAUUUGGCUGUGACCCUGUGGGGAUUGGUUCCCAUCCUUUGUCCUGUCUUAAAGAGGAUGAGCUGAAUUCUUACCAUUUGGUCUCUUUCUAUACAGUAUACCAUCAGUUUAAGUUUAGUGCUGUGUGUGUGUGUGUGUGUGUGUGAGUGAGUGUGUGUAUACACAUGUGCACUUUAAAUGACAGUACAAACUGAUAAACAAUGUUUUUGGUUACACUGCAUUUUACAUAAUUGACUUUUUACUCCUACCCUGUGUGUUAAGGCAGAGUUUAACUGUAAUAUUUGCAAAGUGUCAGAAAUGGUUACUAAUGAAAAAUACUUUCUUAAUAAAUGUCAAAAUUACAAUACUUUGGUUCUUUAGUCUCCAUAUUGACGUCAAAGUUCUUUGGAUCUGACUAAUUUCUAAGAGUUAUAGCCUUUGUCCAAUUCAAACCUCCUUAGGCAGAAUCUGUGAUGCUUUUGGAGGGCUUUAAUUUUAUCAAGUUCUCCAUCCUAUCCUUCUCCCACUCACACAAA